AAUACUAAAAGCACCCCUUUGUUAGACUUAUUCCCUCCCACCAACAGUAUCCAAUCCUAUAUUCCGGGGAAGAUUCUAAUUUCAUAAAUUCUGUUCAUCCCAUUUACUCUUAUUCUUCUUCUCUGUUGAAUAAAUUAUUCUACUUCGUUUUGUAUUUGCCUAUCUUUCGAUAAUAGCCACGAGAAGAACAAAACAAGAAAACACUUUCAACUUGAGUGUUUUUUUUUUCUUUUUUUGAUCAACUUGACUGGUUGGUGAAGUUCAAUCAUUGAUAUUGGUGCAAAUUUUGAUUGUGAUGAAGUUCUACGGAUUCAUUUUUUUGUUAAUUGUUACUCUGAGUGGUUCUAUGAGCUUUGGAGAAGCAGAGAGAAGAACACUUGGAGAUCAGCCACUUUCAAAAAUUGCUAUUCAUAAGGCAGUAGUUGCUCUUCACAGUUCAGCUUAUGUUAAAGCUUCUCCUUCUAUUCUUGGGUCCAGGGGAGAGAAUACUGAAUGGGUGACUGUUCAGUUUAGCUCACCAAACCCUUCAAAUGAUGAUUGGAUUGGAGUCUUUUCUCCGGCUAAUUUCAGUGCUGCCACUUGUUCACCUGAAAAUACUAGAGUGAAUCCUCCAUUUCUGUGCACGUCACCUAUUAAGUACCAAUUUGCGAAUUACUCCAGUCCAGACUACAAGAGAAGUGGGUCUGGGAAAUUGAAAUUACAAUUGAUCAACCAAAGGGGAGACUUUUCAUUUGCACUUUUUUCAGGUGGCCUCACUAAUCCAAAGUUGAUCGCAAUCUCGAAUGCAGUAACUUUUCAGAAUCCAAAUGCACCUGUUUACCCACGUUUGGCCCAAAGGAAAGCUUGGAAUGAAGUAAAAUUUAAAAUUUGUUCCUUCACCUGGACAAGUGGAUAUGGGAUUAAUGAAGCAGAACCAUUUGUUGAAUGGGGUCGACAAGGAGGAGAGAAGACGCAGACUCCAGCUGGAACAUUGACAUUCAGUCGUAAAAGCAUGUGUGGUGCACCAGCAAGAACUGUUGGGUGGCGGGAUCCUGGUUUCAUACACACAAGUUUUCUGAAGGAACUGUGGCCCAACUCAGUGUAUUCAUACAAGCUGGGGCAUAAGUUGUUCAAUGGUACUUUUGUUUGGAGUCAGGAAUAUAAAUUCAGGGCAUCUCCUUAUCCUGGUCAGGACUCAGUACAGCGUGUUGUUAUUUUCGGCGAUAUGGGAAAGGCUGAAGCUGAUGGAUCAAAUGAAUAUAACAAUUAUCAGCCUGGUUCACUUAAUACCACCAGAGAGAUUAUUCGUGACCUUAAUAAUACAGAUAUAGUUUUUCAUAUUGGAGAUAUAUGUUAUGCAAACGGUUACCUUUCACAGUGGGAUCAGUUUACAUCACAGGUGGAGCCUAUUACCUCGGUUGUUCCUUACAUGGUCGCAAGUGGAAACCAUGAAAGAGAUUGGCCCGGAACAGGAUCCUUCUAUGGGAAUACAGAUUCAGGUGGUGAAUGUGGUGUGCCAGCUGAAACCAUGUAUUACGUUCCUGCUGAUAACCGAGCUAAGUACUGGUAUUCGACGGAUUAUGGAAUGUUUAAGUUCUGCAUAGCUGAUACAGAACAUGAUUGGAGAGAGGGUACAGAGCAAUAUAAGUUCAUUGAACAGUGCUUUGCAUCUGCUGAUAGACAAAAACAACCAUGGCUGAUCUUUCUAGCUCAUAGAGUUCUCGGUUAUUCUUCUGGUUCAUGGUAUGCUGAGCAAGGAUCAUUUGAAGAACCAAUGGGAAGAGAGAGUCUCCAAAAACUAUGGCAGAAGUACAAAGUCGAUAUAGCAGUGUAUGGCCAUGUACACAACUACGAAAGAACAUGUCCUGUGUACGAGGUAAUAAUAACCCACAAUUUUAUGGUUUCGAGGUCACACUAUCAGGGUGCUUUAAACGGAACCAUCCACGUCGUUGCUGGUGGUGGAGGUGCUGGACUCGCGAAAUUCACCACCCUAAAGACCAAGUGGAGUUUGUUCCAAGAUUAUGAUUUUGGCUUCUUAAAACUAACAGCUUUUAACCAUUCGAACCUUCUUUUUGAGUACAAAAAGAGCAGCGAUGGAAACGUCUACGAUUCUUUCACUAUAUCCCGAGAUUACCGAGACAUCUUGGGUUGCACAGUUGACAGUUGCCCAAGUAUGACAAUGGCCUCAUGAUAUAUGAAAUGAAAUGCUUUUGGA